AUGGCGAGCCCGCAUCGGCAGAGGCGGCGGGGAACAGCCGGGCGGGUGCUGCUGCCCGCGUUGCUGCUGGGCUUGUGCUGCCGGGCGGCGCCGGAGCGGAUCCGCUACACCAUCCCCGAGGAGCUGGGCAGAGGCUCGCUGGUGGGGCCGCUGGCGCGGGACCUGGGGCUGAGCCCGGCCGAGCUGCCGGCACGCAAGCUGCAGCUCAGCGCCGAGAAGCAAUACUUCAGCGUGAGCGAGGAGAGUGGGAACCUGUACGUGAGCGAGAGGCUGGACCGGGAGGAGAUGUGCGGCGAGGCGGCGUCCUGCUCCGUCAGCUUCGAGGCGCUGGUGCAGAAUCCGCUCAACGUUUUCCAUGUCGAGGUGGCCAUCGAGGACGUCAACGACAACGCCCCGCGCUUCCCACAAAAAAAUUUCCAGCUGGAGGUCAACGAAUUUACUUCUCCCGGUGCCCGAUUUGCCUUGGGCGUCGCUGAGGACGCAGAUGUGGGUAGCAAUUCGCUGCAGCGCUACGAGCUGGAAGCAAACGGGUACUUCGAUGUGGAGGUAAAGGAGAGCCAGGAUGGCAGCAAGUUCGCGGAGCUCGUGAUGCGCCGUCCACUGGAUCGAGAGACUGAACCGAGACUGCAGUUGGUGCUGACGGCGCUGGACGGCGGCGAUCCGCCCCGGAGCGGCACCGCGCAGCUCUGCAUCAACGUCACGGACGCCAACGACAACGCGCCCGUGUUCGCGCAGGAGCGGUACCGCGCGAGUCUCCGGGAGGACGCGCCGCCGGGCUCAACGGUGCUGAACGUCUCCGCCUUGGACGCCGAUGCCGGCACCAACGCCCACAUCACGUACGGCUUCGGGAAGGUGCCCGCCAAGGUGCUUACGAAGUUCGUGGUGGAUCCGGAGAGUGGGGUGAUCACCCUACAAGAAGCCUUGGAUUUCGAGGAGACGCGGGGCUACACACUGCUGGUGGAGGCGCGGGACGGCGGUGGGCUCACGGCUCACUGCAAGGUGGAGUUGGAGGUGCUGGACGUAAACGACAACGCACCAGAGGUGAUACUGACGUCGAUGUGGAGCCCAGUACCCGAGGAUGCGCCAUCGGGCACGGUGGUCGCGGUGGUGAAAGUGCGGGACCGGGACUCCGGCGAGAACGGUCAGGUGUGGUGCGAGCUGUCGGGCGAGGCGCCGCUGUCGCUGGUGGCGGCGACGUCGAGCGGCUCGUACAAGGUGGUGACAUCGAGCGCGCUGGACCGGGAGCGCCCCGAGCACCGCGUGACGGUGGUGGCCAGGGACCGGGGCAGCCCGUCGCUGUCGAGCAGCGCGACGCUGGUGCUGGAGGUGUCGGACGUGAACGACAACGCGCCGGUGUUCGAGGAGGCCGCGUACAGCGCCUACGUGUCGGAGAACAACGCGGUGGGCGCGCCGGUGGUGCGCGUGGUGGCGCGGGACGCGGACGCGGGCGCCAACGGGCGCGUGAGCUACGCGCUGGCGGGCGGCAGCGCGGGCGCGGCGGCGUACGUGUCGGUGGAGGCGCGGAGCGGCGAGCUGUACGCGCAGCGCUCCUUCGACUACGAGCAGUGCCGCGAGUUCGCGGUGACGGUGCGGGCGCAGGACGGCGGGGCGCCGGCGCGGAGCUCCACGGCCACGGUGCGCGUGUUCGUGCUGGACCGCAACGACAACGCGCCGCGGGUGCUGUGGCCGGCGCCGGCAGAAGGAGCGGCCGCGGGGGCUGCGGCGUCGUCGGCGUCGUCGUCGGGUCCGUUCGAGGUGGUGCCGCGGUCGGCCGAGGCCGGGUACCUGGUGGCCAAGGUGGUGGCGGUGGACGCGGACGCGGGGCGCAACGCGUGGCUGUCGUACGAGCUGGUGUCGGGGCCGGCGGAGCCGGCGCUGUUCCGCGUGGGGCUGCACAGCGGCGAGGUGCGCACGGCGCGGGCCGUGUCGGAGAGGGACGCGGCCAAGCAGCGGCUGGUGGCCGUGGUGAAGGACCACGGGCAGCCGGCGCUGUCGGCCACGGCCACGCUGCACGUGGUGCUGGCCGAGAGCUUGCAGGAGGCGCUGCCGGAGCUGAGCGAGCGGCCGGCGGGCGGCGAGGCGGCGGCGGAGCUGCAGUUCUCGCUGGUGCUGGCGCUGGCGCUGCUCUCCGCCCUCUUCCUGCUGAGCGUGGCGCUGGCCGUGCUGGCGCGGCUGCGCCGGGCCGGGCCGCCCGCCGUCCUGCGCUGCCUGGGCGCGCAGCGCUUCUCCGUGGCCGGCGCCGCCUUCCCGGCCGACUUCUGCGAGGGCACCUUGCCCUACUCCUACAACCUGUGCGUGGCGCCGGCCCGCGCCGUGCCCGAGGCCGCUUGGCCGCCGCCGCUGCCCAGCGUGCCGGCGGAGGAGCUUCUGGGCGGGGAGCCGUGCGGGAAGCGGAGCCCGAGCGGCAGCGCCGUAGCGGGAGAGCCGCCUGCCGAUCCCGACGCACCGCAGGUCAAAGUGAAAAAGAAUUUCCCUUCACCUAGACUGCAAGAACACGUUCGCACGGGGUGGGAACAACAGGCCACGGCCGGCUCCCGCCUUCACAUUACUAGUGUUCGAAUGCCCAAAAAAAAUCACACAAGAGAAGGGCUGGAGCAAAGCGGAGUGGGGAGAUCCGCGCUGAACGGGAGCAAUGUGUCGAUUAUCGCGCUGUUGUCUCCGCGAGCUGUCGGUGGGUAUCGGCGGUCGGGCAGCGCUCGGUGCCUGCAGUGCCAGGAAGAGGCUGCGGGCGCCGCUGUUGACCGAGGAGGAGCGAGAGGAAGGCCGGAGCGCUGCCGGCAGCCCCGCCCGCUGCGGCCCGGCUCGCUCGCUCGCUGCCGGUGUGUGUGGGCGGCCGGGCGGUCUGCGAGCGGCCCCGCGGUGCGGAGCCGAGCUGCAGCGGGGCGGAGAGGCCGGCAGAGCGGGCGGCAGCGGCGACACAGACACAGAGCCCGAGCGGGAGCACGAUCGGCAACGGGUCGGUGCGGCGGAGCCGCGGCAGCGAUGUGUUGGGUGGGGAGGCGCUGGGGCCGGCGGGAGCGAGCCCUGCUGUGGUGCGUGCUGCUGGCGGCGUGGGAGGCGGCGCGGGGGCAGCUGCGCUACUCGGUUCCCGAGGAGAUGCCGAAAGGCUCGUUCGUGGGCGACGUGGCCAAGGACCUGGGGCUGGAGCUGCCGGCGCUGAGCGACCGCGGCGUGCGCAUCAUCGACAGAGGCAGGAAACAGUAUUUCUCCCUGCACGAGAAGACGGGACAUUUGUUGACGGCGGAGAGAAUAGACAGAGAGCAGGUGUGCGAGAGUUUACAGCGAUGUGUGUUGCGCUGUGAGGUGAUACUGGACGGCGAAAUGCAGAUUUACGGAGUCGAAGUGGAAAUCGUGGACACUAAUGACAAUGCGCCGAGCUUCCAAGAGGCGGAAAAAGAACUGAUAAUGAGCGAGACGACAGCCGUGGGUGCACGAUUUCCCCUGACGGAAGCUCAUGACCCGGAUUCGGGGCGGAAUUCCCUACAGAGAUACGAACUGAACGGCGACGAGCACUUCUCUCUGGCGGUGAAGGCGGGUUCCACCGGCGAUCAACAUCCUGAACUGGUGCUAUCGAAGGCGCUGGACCGGGAAGAAGCAGCGUUCCAUGAGCUGGUGCUAACGGCGAGUGACGGCGGGGAGCCGUCGAGGACGGGCACGGCUCGGUUCCGUGUUAUAGUGCUGGACGCGAACGACAACGCGCCUGUGUUCAGCCAGGCAGAAUACACGGUGCGUGUGCCGGAGGACGUGCCCGUAGGAUCGACUGUCGUCAGUGUCACGGCCACGGACGCUGACGACGGGCUGAACGGGCACAUUAAAUAUACGUUGAAUAAAGUACGUGGAAAAGCUUCAAAAAUUUUCAAUCUGGACUCUGAUACGGGAGCGAUCACGCUGUUGCAGAGCCUGGACUUCGAGGAAGCAAACUCUUAUGAACUGGAUAUUCAGGCGCAUGACGGCGGGGGGCUUUUCAACACGACGAAAGUCUCGAUCACUGUGACAGACGUCAACGAUAACGCGCCUGAAUUGACCAUGACCUCUCAUGUAAGCGAGAUCUCCGAAGACGCACCCCCGGGAACAGUGGUGGCACUGCUGCAUGUGCAGGACCGGGACUCGGGGACGAAUGGUGAGGUGCGGUGCAGCAUCGCCGAACGCCUGCCGUUCCGACUGGAGAAGUCCUUUGAGGACUACUACCGCGUAGUUACGGUGCGGGAGCUGGACCGGGAGGAGGUGCCAGAGUACAACGUGACGGUGCGGGCUUCGGACGGCGGGUCGCCGGCACUGCGGAGCAGCGCGGUGCUGGCGCUGCGGGUGCUGGACGUGAACGACAACGCGCCGGUGUUCGAGCAGGCGCGGUACAGCGGCCGCGUGUCCGAGAACAACGCGGCGGGCGCGCUGGUGCUGACGGUGCGGGCGGCGGACGCGGACUGGGGGCAGAACGCGCGCGUGCGGUACCGGCUGCGGGAGGGGCGCGUGCGGGGCUCGCCGCUGUCGUCGUACGUGUCGGUGCAGGCGGAGACGGGCGCGCUGUACGCGCUGCGGUCGUUCGACUACGAGGAGCUGCGCGAGCUGGAGCUGUGGGUGGUGGCGGAGGACGGCGGCGCGCCGGCGCUGAGCAGCAACGCGUCGGUGCGGCUGUCGAUCGUGGACGAGAACGACAACGCGCCGCAGGUGCUGUACCCGCCGGCGGCGGGGGCGGGCGCGGGCGCGGGCUGGGCGGGCGUGGAGCUGGCGCCGCGCUCGGCCGAGCCCGGCGCGCUGGUGGCCAAGGUGGUGGCGGUGGACGCGGACGCGGGGCAGAACGCGUGGCUGUCGUACGAGCUGGCCAAGGCGACGGAGCCGGGGCUGUUCCGCGUGGGGCUGCACAGCGGCGAGGUGCGCACGGCGCGCUUCCCGCUGGCCCGCGACGCGGCGCGGCAGAGCCUGGUGGUGCUGGUGAAGGACCACGGGCGGCCGGCGCUGUCGGCCACGGCCACGCUGACGGUGGUGCUGGCCGAGAGCGUGGCCGAGCUGCUGGCGGAGCUGGGCAGCGCGGCGGCUUCGGCGCCGGCCGAGCCGGCCGCCAGCCUGACGCGCUGGCUGGUGCUGGCCGUGGCGGCCGUGUCCUGCCUCUUCGUCGCCUUCCUGCUGCUGCUGCUGGCGCUGCGCCUGCGGCGCUGGCACCGCUCGCGGCUGCUGGCGGCGGGCGGCGGCGCCUUGCGCGGCGUCCCGGCCUCGCACUUCGUGGGCAUCGACGGCGUCCGCGCCUUCCUGCACUCCUACUCGCACGAGGUGUCGCUCACGGCCGACUCGCGCAAGAGCCAGCUCCGCUUCUCGGCCGGCAGCUGCUGCGACACGCUCCCGGCGCGCCCGGCGCCCGACGAGCCCGCGCCGCUGCUCGGGGAGGACCCUGCUGUCGCUGCCCCGAGAGGAACUGAUUUUAAUGAAAGCGAGACCGCAAAGCCGAGUGCAGUCCCUGAGCACCGGAGAAGAGCCCGAACCCCGCCUCGCGGCCAUCGCUCGGCUGCAGUGGCGUCGCGGCGCCUCCGGGUGCCGCUGUUGGCCGACGCGGAGCGGCGCUGGAGCCGGAGCCGCCGCAGCCGGAGCCGCUGCCGGAGCCGCCAUCGCGUCCUGUCCCCGCCGGCUGCUCGCUCGCCCGGCGCCGGACACAGCAGCAGCCUGGGUACCAGAGGCGAGAGGCGGCAGGGGUAG